CCCAGCUCCAGCUGUUGCUGCUCGGCCCAUCGGUGCCAUGAAGCUUCCCUUCCCCUGCGCCUAGUCUCCGGAGCUCGAGGUCCGGAAUCCCCUCUCGCCAUGGACGCGCCUGGCGCGACAGAGGCAAACGAUAGUGUCCGGCAGGACAGCCACAGCCACGACCCCGAUGCCGUGGUGAGGAAGAGUACAUACCCGGACAGCAACCACCCCGGUCGGCCCGACCAUGGGCACCACCACCACCACCACCACCACCACAAUGGCAUGAAAAGCGAAGGUGAAGGGGGUGGGGAAGACGAGGAGGGGUCAGAGGAGGAGGAUGACGAGGAUGAUGACGAGGAAGAGGAACCCCGACUCAAGUACGCUCCCUUGACCAAGCACUUAGGGGCGGUGUAUCGCAACGGCGAUGCAACCAGCUCCUUCCUCGCUGCUGGGGACAAGAUGAUAAUUGGUUCGCACAAUGGAAACAUUCAUGUACUAUCGGUGCCCCAAUUGCGCUCUCUUCGCGUAUAUCAUGCCCAUUCCGCAAGCAUCACUUCCGUCUCGGUCUCCCCGUUCCCUCCUCCCUUACCGAGCGUGAAGCAAGAGCUCUUCAGCAGGGUCCCCGACGACCUCGAAUACCCCGCGAGGCCCUCAUCCGGCGCAGCCAGCCUCCGUGGACGCCGGUCAGGCCACCAGGCAAACCUGCCUUUCACACCUUCCAAUUCGAUAUAUAUUGCCACGUCUUCCAUGGAUGGAAACGUUUGCGUCGCAUCCCUCGUGGAUUCCAAAGAUGUCCUCUUGCGGAACUUUGGCCGGCCCGUCCAGGCCGUCGCACUCUCCCCCGAAUAUAAGAGUGACAGGACGUUCCUGUCUGGCGGACGGGCGGGGGAUCUGAUUCUCACGGUCGGCGGUCGAGUGGGUGCCAGCACCAAUUCUACAACAAUGGGAGGCGCUGCAGCUGCGGCGGCGGGUUGGCUCGGAUCUUUCGGUCUGGCAGCCAAUACCGGCAAGGAUACCAUCCUCCAUAGUGGCGAAGGCGCUAUCAGUACGAUUAAAUGGUCUUUAUCGGGGAAGUAUGUCGUCUGGGUCAACGAAGAGGGCAUCAAAAUCAUGCGGUCGAACCUGUACCUAGAUUCGAUGGACUCGGACCUUGCUUGGAAGCGGGUCAGUCACAUUGACCGUCCCAGCCUUCCGGGAUGGGAGGAAAUGGCAGGUGUCUGGAAGGCCCGUGCCGAGUGGGUGGACGAGAGCACUCUGGAUGGUGACGAUCGUCCAAGCAGUAAGGGAGGGGCGCAUAAGGAGACAUUAUCCCUGCCCCAGUCGACUAUCAUCAAGGAGAAGGUGGAGAAGCUGGUCGUUGGCUGGGGAGGCACUGUUUGGGUCAUUGACGUGUACCCCGAUCGGCCAAGCAAGAACAACAGAGAUCACAAGAUCGGGGCUGUUGAGGUUUCCACAAUACUGCGGACAGACUGCGUCAUCUCCGGUAUAUCAAUGUAUACGCCUAGUCUUCUGGCGGUUCUUGCUUACAUCGAGGCGGAGGAGGAUGUCUCAGAAGAGCGCACCAAGCUGGGAGGCCUUCGUCCCGGAACGCGCCGGCGGCCAAGGGGACUGGAGCCUGAGCUACGCAUCAUCAACAUCAACACCAAGGAAGAACUUAGUGCUGAUACCAUUUCAUCCAGCCGCUAUGAGACCCUGACCUCCUCAGACUAUCAUAUGUGUGUUCUUCCUCCCUGGAAGACGACCGUGCCUGUUUCCCAACGGGGUACACUGGAAGCUCUCGGAAAUGGACUAUGGGAUGCAACGCUCUAUCCUGCGCGCUUGUUCAGCUCGGGCGCCAGUAUUCGCAGUACAACAAGCAGUGGAGACAAAGGUUCCAUUAGGGCACCAAGCACCAUUGCCUCGCGACGGAUCGUCCACGAGGAACUCCCGUCCAAGGAGGUCCAGGACAUUGCAGGGAGCGUGGGGGCCAAGAUAUUUAUCCACAGCCCGUAUGACUGCAUCGCCGCCCUGAAAAGGGACCUCACGGACCGCCUGGCGUGGUUAGACGCGCAUGAGAAAUACGAGGAAGCGUGGGCGCUUCUUCAGGAGCAUCCCGAAGCAGCGGGUCCUGCAAAUGACCUGAACGAUCAUACCCCUAUAACUCCCACCCGGUCGCUGAGUAGUAGCGUUGGCGAAUCCUUCAUCGAUGACGGGUCUUCAAUCACCACUACCGGCCGGACCAUUGGUUCUGCUGCCGAACAAGAAAAGCGCCGCAUUGGCGAGCUAUGGAUCGAACAGCUCGUUGAUGGAGACAAAUGGAAGGAGGCCGCGGAUGUUUGCGUGAAAGCCAUAGACACCGCGCACAGGUGGGAACACUGGGCUUGGGCCUUCAUCAAGAACGAUAAGCUGGACGAGAUCUCGUCUGUCAUGCCUACCCAUAUGCGCCCCAGCCUCCCUGCGAACCUCUACGAAACCAUCCUCGGACACUAUGUCGCACACGACCGGUCCAAGUUCAGCGAGCUCGUCGACUCAUGGCCGUUCGAUUUGUUUGACGUCAACAACAUUGCGACCGAAGUGGAGGAGCAGCUGCAAGAUGAAGCAACAGCCCCGGAGAACGAUGACUGGCAAGUCUUGACCAAGUGUCUUGCUAAAAUAUACCUUGCGGGAGGCCACUACGGCAAAGCGUUGCACUGCUACAUCCGCCUCCAAGACGCAGAGACGGCGAUGGCCCUGAUCAAGGACCACCGUCUGUUGGAUACGCUCACGGAUGACAUCCCCGCGUUCAUCCUGAUCCGCGUCUCCAAAGAACAGCUGAAAUCGGCGCCUGUCUCCGAGCUCGACGAGCUCACAGCAGAACCCAUCAGACUCCUCGUCAGCGAAGCCUACACGGGUAUUGUCCGACCGGAUCUCGUAGUCGAUCAGCUGCAAGCAGCGAAUAAACUCCUCUACCUAUACUUCUACAUCCGGGCUCUCUGGCGAGGGGAGUCCCUUCCCCAUGGUGCCGCAAAACCCCGUAGGGGUCACUUCGCUCACGUUCGAGACGCAGCCAGCAAACUCGCCGCGGAUGAAGGGAAAGCCCUGGUCGACAAUUUCGCCGACACGGCGGUGGAACUCUUCGCCGACUACGACCGUCCCCUGCUCAUGGAAUUCCUCCAAACCAGCACGUCCUAUUCCUUCGACAUGGCCGUCAGCAUCUGCGAGGGACGCCACUUCACCCCGGAGCUCAUCUACCUGCUCUCGAAGACCGGCCAGACCAAACGCGCCCUGAACCUCAUCCUCUCCGACCUGAAGGACGUCUCGCAGGCCAUCCAGUUCGCCAAGUCCCAGAACGAACCCGACCUCUGGGAAGACCUCCUCGACUACUCGAUGGACAAACCGCGUUUCAUCCACGGACUCCUCGUCGAAGCAGGCACCUCCAUUGACCCCAUCAAACUCGUCCGGCGCAUCCCCAGCGGCCUCGAAAUCGAAGGCCUCCGCGAAGGCCUCACGCGCAUGAUCCGCGAACACGACCUUCAAGCCAGCAUCAGCCAGGGAGCCGCCAAAGUCCUCCAAAGCGAAGUCGCCGUCGGCAUGGACACCCUCCGACAGGGCCAACGCCGCGGAAUCAAAUUUAACAUCAUCGAAGAGGACAAGUCCAUCCCCGGAACCCCCACCACACAAGCAACCACCACGCCCGAACUGGCCAACAACUACAGAGCUAAGAGUGACCUCGGCGCCGAAAACGCCUCCACCACAACAACAAGAACGGCAACAUCAUCUGCCGCCCCGGCAGGACGAUGCGCAGGCUGUCAUCGGCCUUUCCGUGCAAAUGAGAAGGAAAUCCUUGUCGGUUUCGCCUGCGGUCACGUCUUCCACUUAUCGCACGUUCAUUCAUCGGAAUCCUCCGCUAGCACUCCUGGCAGUCGCUCCGCUGUUCAAACUCCCCGUCCUUUCUCGCCAACCCAGACCUAUACUCCCAUGAUGGAUGAGCUGUCACUGUCUACAUCCCGGACGGUUGGCCCCAAGGUGACGACGGCUCGAUUGCUAAGAGACCGGAUCGGCGAUGGAUGUCGCAUCUGUGCUUUGGCUAAGGAGCUGGAGACUAUCGGGGAUUCUGAUGCGUAAAGCUCGCGCGUCUCCUGCGCGGUGAAAUGCGGGCGGAGAUGUAGGCUGUCACGUGCUAUUUAUGGGGUCUAUGGUGAUGACUACAGCAUUCUCGUCAUCUGCUUCCUCUUUUGACUUCAACAUUCGAACUUCUUUCCUCCGGAACAGCGACCUCGGCGAUGGGCUCAACUCCAUGGGGGUAAGAGGGAUGGGGAUAGAGGCUACCUGCUCAUGUGGUAUAUAGGUAUCAACUGGGUAACGUCGGCUUGGUGAUAACUCAGCGUGCCAGUGUGGGUAGUUGGUGACGGAUGGGCUUCCCGCUACAUGUUCCAUAGUAUAACUGGACAGGUGUAUGUUUAUUCUUUAGGAGAUACCCAUGGUAGCAACGAUUUACUGCGCAAAUGAGA